AUGGCGUCCCUUAACCGGGUUCGAGCUCUGGCGUUGAUUUUUUGGACUGUCACUGGCUGUUGUGUCACCCCCACAAGUGGCAAGGAAAACUCCGAAGACACGGUCAUCAUCGGGCUGCGCCUGGAGGAAACCGACGACAUUUCUUUCAUGGAUAGGGGCUACCUGCGGGUGAGUGAGCGCUCCCGCGUCAAACUCAGGGUGUACGGCCAGAACAUCAACAACGAGACGUGGUCCCGAAUAGCUUUCACUGAACAUGAGCGCAGCAGACCCGGGGGGAGCGCUGACAGCCCCUCUGGGGAGAGCCAUGAGGACCUGUCCGGCUCUCACCCCUGUGGCAUCAGGACGUCAGAUAUCAUUAUUUUGCCCCACAUUACUUUAAGUCGAAAGACGUCAGGAGUAGUUGAAAUUGAGGUCAAACCUCUGAGAAAGACAGAGCGAAGCAAAUCUUAUUACCUUUGCGUGGCCACGUCGACUCCCGCAGGGUCCUAUGACCCGUGGACAGAGAACACCUGGAUCUACCAUGACGGGGAAGACACCAAAGUGAUAGUGGUGGAGGAGAAAAAGUUUCUGCUGCCUUUCUGGCUACAGGUCAUCUUCAUCUCUAUGCUGUUGUGCUUGUCUGGGAUGUUCAGUGGUUUGAACCUAGGGCUUAUGGCUCUGGAUCCCAUGGAGCUCCAGAUUGUCCAAAAUUGUGGCACUGAGCGGGAGAAAAACUAUGCCAAAAAGAUUGAGCCUGUUCGGAGCCAAGGGAAUUACUUGUUGUGUUCUCUUCUUUUGGGGAAUGUGUUGGUGAACACCACGCUGACGAUCCUGCUGGACGACAUAGCAGGGUCAGGGCUGAUUGCUGUGGUCAUGUCCACUAUUGGAAUAGUCAUUUUUGGGGAGAUUGUUCCACAGGCCAUCUGCUCCAGACAUGGGUUGGCAGUGGGAGCUAACACAAUCUUUCUCACAAAAUUCUUCAUGCUGCUCACCUUUCCAGCAUCCUACCCCGUCAGCAAACUCCUGGACUACCUGCUGGGACAAGAGAUUGGCACUGUUUACAACCGGGAGAAGCUGCUGGAGAUGCUGCGUGUGACAGACCCCUACAAUGACCUUGUGAAGGAGGAGCUGAACAUCAUCCAAGGUGCUUUGGAGCUCAGAACUAAAACUGUGGAGGACGUGAUGACCCCUCUGAGAGAUUGCUUCAUGAUCCCAGCUGACGCCACCCUGGACUUCAACACCAUGUCUGAGAUUAUGAAGAGUGGCUACACUCGGAUCCCCGUGUUUGAGGGCGAAAGGUCUAAUAUCGUGGAUUUGCUGUUUGUCAAAGACCUGGCCUUUGUGGACCCUGAUGACUGCACCCCACUCAAAACUAUCACCAAGUUUUACAGCCACCAGCUGCACUUUGUCUUCAAUGACACCAAGCUGGAUGCAAUGCUGGAGGAAUUUAAAAAAGACUGCUCCUCUCAGACUGCUCCUCCUCUCAGACUGCUCCUCUCUGACUGCUCCUCUCUGACUGCUCCUCUCAGACUGCUCCUCUCAGGCCUGAGAGGAGCUCCUCCUCUCAGGCUGCUCCUCUCAGACUGCUCCUCUCAGACUGCUCCUCUCAGACUGCUCCUCUCAGGCUGCUCCUCUCAGACUGCUCCUCCUCUCAGGCUGCUCCUCUCAGACUGCUCCUCCUCUCAGACUGCUCCUCUCAGGCUGCUCCUCUCAGACUGCUCCUCCUCUCAGGCUGCUCCUCUCAGACUGCUCCUCUCUGACUGCUCUUCUCUGACUGCUCCUCUCUGA